UCAAUUGAGUUGAUUCUGAUGAUCUCCGAUAAUUAGUGUGUUGUUGUAGAUAGUCAACUAAUUAAUGGUUCUCUUUCCUGUAUUGUAUAGACAAUUAGCACAAUAUAGGAUCUGUUUUCUACUUCCUUGUAUAAAGCUGUGAGUAAUUCCUUGUGCUGUAGUUGUCUUCACUCAAGGGCUGCGAUACAAGGAUCACUUGGUUCCUUCUGUCAUGGUUGAAUGAGAAGGUUUUGUAGACUCCUUGUUAUAUCCCAGACUGCUUGUUAUCUCCCAUGGAAGGAAUGACUACGGUUUUGUGUUUGGAAUACAUGGGGCCAUAUCAGAAACACUCCCAAUUUAUCUCUUCCCUACACUUUGGUUAAAAUGGACCAAUAUCAGUUGUUAGGCGAGAAUGUCGCCAAGAUUAGAACCGAUCUCAUGAAGGAACAACUUACCACUUUUCGAACCCAGUUGGAAGAUUUCGCUCGAAAACACAAGAAUGAUAUUCGCAAGAACCCUGCUUUCAGAUCACAAUUUCAUAACAUGUGCACUAAGGUUGGAGUAGAUCCCUUGGCCUCCAAUAAGGGUUUCUGGGCAGAGCUCUUGGGGAUUGGUGACUUCUAUCAUGAACUUGACAGGGGUGCAAAAUUGUUGACAUUUGCUUGGCAAAAAGACCCCACAAUGGAGGUUUGAUCAACCUGUAGGAACUCUGCAAUAUGGUUCAUCAGAGGCGAAAGAGUGAUCGUGAAGC